AUGACUUAUCUUAACGAUUGCAGCUAUUCCCACGAAGUGUGCAUAGCAUCAGUCCGCGACCAUUACAAGUUUCUAGCUACGAUGUAUCUCCACGAAGAGGAUAUCACUUAUCCCCCAGAGGAAGAUUGGGCUACAAUUUCAUCAGAAAUCUUUCAAGACAUGGACAAGACAGCCGAGAUCAUUUCUCUUUUACGCCAUCUACCCUCUAUUCGUUUGCCGAGCAACAACCCUUUCAAUCAAACUCAAGGCGCUCCUUGGUGCUAUUUUUCUGAUUGGCAAAACAUUGGCGCUCUUCUUGAACACAACAUGGAUGGCAAGAGCUUGAAACUCGCCUCGGAAGUUCCUGAUAUCUGCGACGACGCACCUGCUCAUGUGAUCGGUAUCAAAAACGGUGGUCGCGACAAUCGUCUUGGCAAAAUUUACUGGCCAGACUGUCCGGGCGAAAUCUCGAACAAUCCCUCAUACGGCCACAUGCAAAUUUUUGACGACCCUUACGAGUGGGCCCUAGAGAACGAAGCCGAGUGGCGUGACAUUGCCGCACGUUGGACUGUGAAGGGUUUCUUCGAAGUUCUCAAAGAUCAGUUCCUUAACCUGAAGUUUAUCCCCGCCAUUCCACUGUAUGUUAUAGAUGUAUAUGCGUGGCUCAUACCGGAGUCCUUGGUGGAAAGACUACAACAUGGCUGGCCAGACAUGGGCAAUUUUCAGAAGCUGGAGUGCUUAGAAGCUGUGGAGACCACAAUGGAGCAACAGAGCCGUACGGAUAGACAAGUGACAAUGUGA